AUGGCCUCCUCCGACUGGAACCCAUCCUCUUGGCGCUCAAAGCCCAUCAAGCAAGCCCCCUCAUACCCAGACCCGGAGCCCCUCGCCUCCGCCGUUGAGGAGCUCACCAGCCUCCCGCCGCUGGUGCAUCCCAACGAGAUCGACGCCCUCAAGGCCCACCUCCGCGACGUGGCCCAGGGCAAUGCUUUCCUGCUUCAGGGCGGCGACUGCGCAGAGCUGUUUGACUACUGCCGUCAGGGACCUAUCGAGAGCAAGAUCAAGCUCCUGCUGCAGAUGAGUGUCGUUCUCAUCUGGGGUACCAACAAGAGAGUCGUGCGUAUUGGUCGUAUGGCUGGGCAGUAUGCGAAGCCGCGAUCUAGCCCGACCGAGAUUGUCCAAGGAAAGGAGGUUCCUAGCUUCAAGGGCGACAUCAUCAACGGGUUCCGUCUCGAGGACCGAGAGAUUACGCCUGCGCGCCUCGUCAAGGCGUAUCACUACUCGGCUGCUACUCUCAACUACAUCCGCGCCGCCCUCGCUUCGGGCAUCGCAGACCUCCACCGGCCCCUGGACUGGGGUCUCGGCCACGUGAGGGACCCGGAGCUCAAGGCAAAGUACUCGGCCAUUGCCUCCAGCAUCCAGCAGACUCUGCGCUUCCUCCAGGUCAUCAACGCCCGCCCUGGUGAGCUCGACUCUGUUGAGCUCUUCACCAGCCACGAGGGUCUCCUCCUCGAGUACGAGCAGGCCCUGACCCGCCUCCUGGAGAAGCCCGCCCCGGGAGCCCGGAACCGAAGCCCCACGCCGGACGGGCCCGCCCCGAGAAAGGAGUACUACGACACCUCUGCGCACUUCAUCUGGAUCGGCGACCGUACCCGGCAGAUUGACCACGCCCACGUCGAGUUCUUCCGCGGCAUCGCUAACCCCAUCGGCGUCAAGGUCGGCCCCACGACACCAGCCUCCGACCUCCUCUCGCUGCUCCGCACCCUCAACCCGGACCGCGAGCCUGGCAAGAUCACCCUCAUCACACGCUACGGUGCCGGCAAGGUGCGUGAGCUCCUCCCGACGCACAUCCGCGCCGUCGAGGACUCCGAGUACCGCCGCACCGUGGUCUGGCAGUGCGACCCCAUGCACGGCAACACCCUCUCUACGGACACGGGCAUCAAGACGCGCCGCUUCGGCGACAUCUACCGUGAACUCGAGGAGACGCUGCGCAUCCACAAGGAGGAGGGAAGCUACCUCGGCGGCAUGCACCUUGAGCUCACCGGUGAUGCAGUUACCGAGUGCCUGGGUGGUAGCGAGGGCCUGGAUGAGGAUGACUUGUCGACCAACUACACGAGCUUCUGCGAUCCCAGAUUGAAUGAGAAGCAGGCGCUUGAGUUGGCGUUUUUGGUCGCUGAUCACUUUUCGAGAGAGCAAAGGAAGGAGUCAUCAUGA